GGGGGGAGGAAGAGGGGGAGACACUGUUACUCUCUGACGGGGGAGAGAGAGGGAGAGUGAGGGACGAGAGGAGAAAAAGGAGGUUACCACGGCAACUCAUGGGGGACGGCGCUGCUGCAUCGGCGAGGAAACACAGGUUGAAGACACGCUAAGGACAGACCUGGUAUUUCUUAUCGACCGUCUGAUCCUUGUCAGCUUGGCUCUGGGUCCCAAAGGGAGACAUUGCACACACAGAGAAGUUCAAGGGAAGCUCAGGGCCUUUAGUGCCAACAUGUCUCAGGCAGGUAAAGUGCUUCACCUGUAUGUGGAGGUGAGGUCUGUUGCUGAGGAGGAAGGACGAGGAGAUGGGACUCCUCAGAUGCUUCAGUGCCCGGACGUCCUCCCUCACUGCCAGAGAAGCGCCAGCCCAAACCACACCCAUGCUCUUCCCCCAGUCUCUCAGCACCAAACUGGGUUUAGUAGCCACAGCUUACCCGCCUCAAAGUCUCCCCCGAGGCAGUCGGUCAGCUUCCAGCUCCAAAACCCUGACGCUACAGGGUCUCCUACCCGGUUCCACCGUCAGGAUGUGUUGCAUGACAGUUUAAAUCAAUUACUCCAGGUCCUUGCACCUGGAACACCCGGUCCAUGCCAGCACGGCCCAUUAGGACACAGUCAGUCUGCUCACAUGGAUCCUUACCCACUGGGAAGGAUGCUUAUCUCCCCGUCUUCUACUUCUUCUGGGACAAUCACUGGUCCCAACACCCCUACCAGCACCCGGAAGUCCUAUGAAGCCCCGGGGAUGGGGGUCGAGGAGGGGAAGACCUCUGUGGUGACCUUUGGCUUCGUAGAGAAAGCUAACGUUCACGGGCACCAUACGUGCCGAAGUGAGUCGGGAAAUCCUCCCAACAGAACAGAAGGGCAGCUCCAGGAACGGCUGAGUGAUCGGCUCCGGUACAACGGGCAGCCAGAGCAAGGCGACCCUUAUCCCAAUCACCUUCACCCGUUUCGGAGCCCCCAGGGUUCGCCUUACCUGCAGAGGACCACCCCAGACCCGGUGGCCAGAGACGCCACCUACAGGGCCUUGGAGGAGUUUGGAUCCCCAGAACUCAGGCGCAGAUUUGCUGGUCACAUCCCAGAGCAUUGCAGCCCAACGCUGCCACGGCACUUCCAGUCCUCUCGCUGCCGGUCCUGGGGGGGGUCACCUGUCCUGCCCCGCAGUGCCCACUCCCUGCCAUCAAAGGCCGAGCUCUUGGACAGGGGAGUGAGCCGCAGUUUGGUGAAUGCACUACCAAGAAGUCCUGCUCAUGAACACCUGUCUACCCAAUCGGGAUACCACUCAGUGGGUCCAACCUCGACUCCUCGCUCUCAUGGCCCCCCCCAGAGCCAGCAUAGGCAAUGGGCGGGGGACGAAAGCCCCAGGUUGUCCAGCAAAUUUCACCCACCGUUACCUGCAGGGAGACCCACGGACAUCCAGCAUGAGAUCCCAAUGAGCAUGUUCCCCUCGAGAACUGGCUAUCAAGCUAUGAACCCCCACCAGAGUGUCAAAAGUAGCUAUAGCAACAUUUCAGACACCAGUCACAAUGCCACAGACGGUUCACUCUACUCUUAUAGUGAUAACUCCUCUCAUUGCAGAGCGUCGCGCUGCUGCAGCCGAGCCGGCGGCGCAGUCAGCCCUACCUAUGGCAGGAGGAACCUCUCCAAAUGCUUAAAUGCUAAUGUGGCUUCUAAGUUAGCUGUGGAGGCUACCAAAAGGUCCACCCUUUUAGCUGAAAGGCGGCCUCCCUCUCCAACAUCUUCUCAAACAGAGGCCCAAAUGUUGGAAAGUCCCAAAAUGAGAGGGUCUUUCCUGAGGGAAUCCCAUCCUUUUAUCGCUCACCAUGGGCAAGGCUCCCUCGAGUCUCUGCAGUCCGACAACCAGAACUACAGAUGGAAAACAGAGCACGCAACACCUCACACCAGACCAGGACGUGUCUCACCUCUCUUAUCCCAGAAAAGUUCGUCUUCACCGGCAUCUCCAGCCUCGUCGGCCCGGUUGAACUGUGCAGCCGCCUCUCAAUCCCAAGUGUUGGACCGCCAGCAUCAUCGGCGUUCCUCCCCCACUAAGGACGGCUCAGCCCUGCACCACUACCAGCCACCACUCCACCCUGGAGACCACAAACCGAUGACCGCUUUGUAUGAUGACCGCUUUGCUGGAUCACUUAUGGACAGCCCUGAGCUCUCCAGGAGAUUCCCCUGCAGUCCUGUUAGCUGCCCCCCCCCCAGGAACCUGAACUCUUCUGAACUCUGUGACUUCAGAACAACAAGCGCUCAAGUUUAUUCUCCGAGCAAAGAGGUGAACUAUAGAAAGCCGGUAGGGAUAAAGACGUCUUCGCAGGACUACCACACUCCAGUUAGAAGUGUGACCAACAGCGAAAGGGAGGAGGGUCAGGACCACAGCGGGGCUGCUGGGACGUCCUCUCAGAGCUCCAGUGGGGUAACGGGCAGCAUGGGAGACUCCCAGCUGGAGGGGAACGACAGUACUUCCCCAGAAACCUCCAGCCAGUGCAGCCACGACACGGCCGACACCGGGUCAGGGAUACAGUCUGACGGCUCGACAGCGACUCCGUCCUCGCGGUCGCAGAAGAUCGCUCAAGCAAAGUGGGACUUCCUGUUUGGAGGACCGACGGAGGAGAGUCGCUGCAGGAAAGAAGCCGCGACCCCCCCGCCCAGUGUCGCGCCAAGCCCCGCCCCUCGCUCCUCCCUCCGCGUGAAAACAACGAAUCAGAGGAGGGGCCGGGACAUCGAGGCCCCAAAGGUGACGCAUCACAAGGUGCGGCAGAUCGAGGUGGAGCUGGUGACCUCCGACACCCGAGGCUCCGCACCCAAGACUGGCAUCAUCCGCCAGACCAUCAAAUACUCCGAGACGGACCUGGACGCCGUGCCGCUGCGCUGCUACCGCGAAACGGACCUGGACGAGGUGAUGCGGGCGGAGGCCGAGGCGGAGGCAGCUGAGGAGGCGGACUCAGACUUUGGGAGUAAUCGCAGCUUCCUGGGAAACUCCUUCAGCCCCCCCUCUCCCAAACCCCGGACGGACGGGCGAACGAAGGUGGAGGAAGAGGAGGAGGAGGAAUAUGAACAGGAAGAGGAAGGAGUGGUGAGCUGGGCCAGUGUGAGGAUGCUGGGCGACCGACAGAAGCAAAGAGCCACCAGAGAGGAGGACGAGGUCUUCAGUCUGCUGCUAAAGGGAGCGCUGUCAGCGUCGGACUCUCAUGGCGGCCUGAAGUCUCCCAUUUCUCUGGGCAGUCCUCACCGGCCGUCGGAAAGCAACCUGGACUCGUUCAGCCGACACUUCGAGAGCAUCAUGGAGUCGCACCGAGCUAAAGGCACGUCCUACAGCAGCCUGGACAGCGUGGACCUGCUGACCUCCGGGUCCACCUCCGUGUUCACCUUCGACCUGCCCACCCUCACCCCCGAGAUUCAGAGUCAGAUCUGCGACAGCGCUAAGCAGAUCAUGGAGCUCAGCUUCGCCCCGCUGGCUCACCCCGAACCCCCCUCCUCACGCUCAGACACCGCCCUCAGUGGGGGGGCGGGGCUCCUCAGAGACGGCCCCGCCCCCCCGCUGAGGACCGGAUCAGAGAGGGAGACGGGUCGACGCUCCGGACCAAAGGAUGGUUUCCGGAAGACGAACUCAGCGCCGUCGCUGCACGGGAGCCCGAGGGAGCGCACUGUGAACCGCCCCCCCGAGCUGCUGUAUCCUCAGGCUGACGUGGCGGAGCGCCUGGCGCUGGGCGGCGGUGAGGAGGCGAUGCUCAAUGGCACGAAGGCUGACCUGCAGGCGGCCAAACGGCUGGCCAAGCGGCUGUAUCAACUGGACGGCUUCAGGAAGUCAGACGUGGCUCGACACCUGGGCAAGAACAACGACUUCAGUCAGAUGGUGGCCGAGGAAUACCUGAGCAACUUCGACUUCAGUGGACUCACCAUCGACCAGGCGCUCAGGCUGUUCCUGAGCCGCUUCGCUCUGAUUGGAGAGACUCAGGAAAGAGAGAGAGUCCUCGCUCAGUUCUCCAGGAGAUACAGACAGAGCAACACACACACAUCUGCAGACAGCGUCCACACUCUGACCUGUGCCGUCAUGUUGCUGAACUCUGAUCUCCACGGAAACAACGUGGGGAAGAGGAUGUCCUGCAGUCAGUUCAUCACCAACCUGGAGGGUCUCAACGACGGGAAAGACUUCCCCAAAGACCAGCUGAAGACUCUCUACAGCUCCAUCAAGAACGAGAAGCUUCAAUGGACGAUAGACGAGGAGGACCUGAGGACGUCGUUUGGGGAGCUGAGGGGGGGGGAGGUGAGGACGGACUCCGCCUCCCUCACCCUGCGGCGGCCGGGGGGAGGAGCCCAGCAGAACGAUGGGGAAAUCUACAAGAGCGGCUUCCUGGUCCGGAAGGUCCACGCCGACCCCGACGGGAAGAGAACUCCGCGGGGUAAGAGGGGAUGGAAAUCCUUCUACGCCACUCUGAAGGGGCUGGUGCUCUACCUGCAGAAGGAUGAGUUCCGUGUGGACCGGGACCUGUCGGAGGACGACGUGAAGAACUCCGUGUCGGUGCAUCACUCUCUCGCCAUGAGGGCGGCCGACUACAGCAAGAGACCCAACGUGUUCUACCUGAGGACGGCCGACUGGAGGGUGUUCCUGCUGCAGGCCCCGAGUGCAGAGCAGAUGCAGUCGUGGAUCACUCGCAUCAACGUGGUGGCGGCCAUGUUUUCUGCUCCUCCGUUCCCGGCGGCGAUCGGCUCUCAGAAGAGGUUCAGCCGGCCCCUGCUGCCGGGGUCCCUCACCAAGCUCACACAGGAGGAGCAGGUGAAGUGUCAUGAGGGUCGCUUCAGGUCCGUCUCCUCGGAGCUCGCCGAGCUCUCCUCGGAACCCGACCGGAAGGUCAAAGGUCGCGAGCUGGAGGAGCACAAACUGAGGCAGGAGUACCUGGAGUUCGAGAAAACCCGGUAUGGUACGUACGCCAUGCUGCUGCGCGCCCGGCUGGCGAGUGGCGACGAGGACCUGUCGGCCUUCGAGGCGCGACUGUUCGAUGACGGCGGUCUGCAGAGGGCGCACUCCAGCCCCACGCUGCCGCUGGAGCCAGAGAAGAAGAGCCGUGGGAACAAGACCAGCCGGAGCCUGAAAGUCUCUUCCUGCUCCUCCGCGGAGGCUGGCAGGAAGAAGAACGGCGAGAAACCACAGGAGGAGGUGGCGUGACGGACAUGAUGCAUCAUGGGUAGCAGGCUCCUCAUCAGACCUUUUCUGUGUAAACCCACGACUUGCUCUGAUUGGCUGAGCAGCCGGUGAGGCAUUCGAGGGCGGUGGGAGAGGAGGCGCUCGCCAGGAAGGAGGAGCGUUUAGUUUCUUCACCAGUGAAACAGUCAGGUGUAAAAUCUGAAGAGACCUUUUAUUUCUCAUCUGCAGCAGGGGAGAUUUUCAGAAUAAAAGCUUUUAUUUCCUGUCUGGACAUCAGGAGGGGAGAGUUUCAGAAUAAAAGCUUUUAUUUCCUGUCUGGACAUCAGGAGGGGAGAGUUUCAGAAUAAAAGCUUUUAUUUCCUCUGAACCUUUAGUUUUAGGGACCUUCUGGAAGCUUUUAUUCGUCUUAAGUUGACGGAGAAGAGCCUAAAUACCGCAACCGACCGUUAACACUUAGUAGGUACUUUAAUUGAGUAAGUGGAACCCCACCCCGGCCAAAAGUGUGUGUGUGUGUGUGUGUGUGUGUGUGUGUGUUCUCUUGCUGGGAUGAACUGGGAGUUUAUUAGUGACCAUAAACUACCGAGCCGAAAACUAAUUCAUAUUUCAAACUCUGAUUAUCUGCGGGCGGCAACUCACGUUUUUAUUUUCAAUUUGGAUCAGCAGAUUAUUCAUUGGUGAAUUAAUUGAGAUAUAUUCAUAUAUUUUUAUUAUUGUAUAAAACUUUAUUUAUUGGGUAAUUUUCCAAAAAUAAAAGGCCGAAAUAAAAACAUUGAAUUCAUGAAGGAAACUUUAAAAUAAUACAUUUGAAUCAGGAUGCUCAACAACACUUAAUAAUAUAGAACUUUUACAUUCCUCAGUGAGUCUUAAAGAUCGUUAAGGUUAACAUCUUUUAUUCAUUUAAAGAUAAUUCUUUAUUUACUGAUUAUUUUUCUGCUCCGUGGUUCGGUCGCUGAUCUUCCUCUCGUCGCUGGAGCCCAUCCUCUCUCCACAUUCCUCCGACCUCAAGUUUAUCUUUGUUGCUUUUUGUUCAGAAGUGUUUCAUAUUUUUGUUAAAGGAAGUGAACAUUAAAUAAGGCUGGGGCUUCUGGGUAAUGGAGUUUUCUGCUGCUGCCACUUGGAGUCCUGCUGGAAAGAAACUCAUUUUCAAAUUAAAGUUCCUUAUAAAUUAAAAAGGGCUUAAAGUUAGUUAUUAAUAUACAAAUAUAAGGACUAGAUAUGACCUGUACUGGCGGCCGGGGUCAGCAGGUGGCAGCAGAGAGGAAACGCGUUUUAUAAAUAUUGUGUAAUAAUGUGUAAUAAUGCUGACUUUAUUUUUGAAAUGUCUUUUUUUUUAAACCCUGAACAAUAAUCUGUGUCCCGAUCGCACCGAGGGAAAACUUGAAGAUUGUGAAGUUUCUCUGUAGAGAACCUGAAGCUGGACCCCCCUGCAGGACUCUGGAGAGGACUCUCUCUCCGGUCCAUGAGCCGAUCAUCGGACCAAUACUCUGUAGAAAGGAUUUAGAAACCGAGGGUUCAAAGGUACUGAGAGAACUGACACUGCGGACGCUUCGACCUAUAUUUAACUUUUUACGCCACGGUCCGGAGGAAGUAGUCAUGUGAUCCUGCCCGAGAGAGUUUCUCAACCUUAGGUCUGAUAAACACUCAUUUAGUUUGACUUCAAACUAAGGACCCAGAUCUCCAACACGUCUUAAAUCAGUUCUGCACUUUCAACGUCCGACACCUCGGAGCUCGUGCUGUGAACUUAGAGGAGUCAGUUCAUGGACUUCAUUCCCAUCGGGCCUUGCGACGCCUCAGGCUGAGUUGCGUCCCAACGCUCCUCUCUCAAACUGUGGGUCAUAACAGCGAGGUGAGGAUUAGAAGCGGUUUGGGGUGAGCUCAGUUUGAAUCAGCGCUCCUCCCUUCAGACGUUAUAACUCUUGUGUGUUUGUGGGCGUGUUACGAGGUCCAGCAGACACUGCGCUCUCCGUUCUUCUUGUGGGCAACAAUUCAAAUCUGAAACUAGUCCAAACGGAGACUCGAUUGCUGGGGUUUUAAACAAUCUAAAUUAAGAUCCCACAGGAAAUGACCCGCCCGUCUGAGCUGACCCGAAAGCGUCCCGUGUUUAGAUUAAGGAGAGCAUCACGUGAGGGUUGGAAUCAAAGAGUUUGUUGCCUGAACAAAGUUAUAGAAGUUAGCUUGAGGCGGGACAGCCACAUGUCCUCUGUCAGGAGAUUAGCUUCUGAAACACGGAUACAGCUUUACGGUGUUUUUCUCUGUAGAUGCAACGGGCUGACCUGAAGCUUUACAUGGUUAGGUUCAGGAAACACCUGUUUGGGAUUGAAAAGUGUUUGUGACUUCCAAAGCUAAGUCUUACAUACGUUAAAAGAGGCGCUCGUUUUCCCGCUCUUUUUCCUGCACGUUGGUCCCGUAUUCGGAAGAUCUAGGAAACGUGAUACCUCUGAGAUCCAACUUUCAUAGGACAUUUAUGUCAUGUUACUCAUCCAUCGUCGACUCCUUUUACUCUGAAAGGUCCCGCGACAUUUCCCGAACACUCAGAAACCCUUUGAGAUGACUCCGGGAAGAUGCUCCGCCUCUCUCCGUCCUCCGAUGACACCCCAGCUGUCCGGUGGUAUUUCCUCUAAUAUCCACGUGUGUACUCGGGUGUUUGUGGCACUGUGCAAUGUAGAGCAGCAUAGGAUCUGUCUAAAAGUCAUGGCCGCUUCCUGCUGUGUCCGUGUCGAGCUUGUAAAUAAAGUCGAGAAGCCAUACCGCGCUCGGGCCGGACGCCUCGCUAGCGCUCGCUUCGGCGUUCGGCGCUCUGGUUUAGAUUUAAAGCAGAUGUUAUUUAUUCUGUUUAGUUUCUGUGAACGGUUUUUAGUUCCCGGCUUGGGUCGGAGAUAGCUGUACAUAAUGUCCACUUCCUGUGAGGCUCGUAGUGAAACAGACUUCCUGUUUGUACCAUGUUGAAGGCUUAGAGGCAAAAAUAAAAACCUUUCAAAAACAA